UGUGUGUGUGUGUGUGUGUGAGAGAGAGAGAGAGAGAGAGAGACGCGCGCGCGCUUCCAUAGAAGAGAACCGGAGGAUUAAAAAUCCGUUGCGUAUUUUCACCCAGGAUCAGCAGCGAUAUGACGGCAGACGGUAUUGACGGCCUCGGGCGCUUUGAGAGCCCCGGUAAAGGCAGGGGACUGCUCGUGAACAGAGCGUACCGGGUGGGCGAGCUGCUCUUCGUCUGCCCCGCUUUCUCACACGUGCUGUCGGUGAGCGAGCGCGGCUACACGUGUGAGCACUGCUUCACGAGGAAAGAGGGUCUUUCAAAAUGUGGAAAGUGCAAGAAAGCUUUCUACUGCAACGUGGAAUGUCAGAGAGGCGACUGGGCGAUGCACAAGCUGGAAUGCUCGGCGAUGUGUUCGUUCGGGGAAAGCUGGUGUCCGUCAGAAACCGUCCGCCUGGUGGCUCGGGUGAUCAGCCGCAUGAAAGUUCAGAAAGAGCCGAGCGCGUCGGAGAAACUGCUCUUAUUAAAGGAUCUGGAGGCCAACCUGGAUAAGUUGGAUAAUGAGAAGAGGGAGAUGAAUGAGGCAGACAUAGCCGAACUGCAUCACUUCUACUCCAAACAUCUGGACUUCCCUGAUCACCAAUCUCUGCUUACUCUGUUUGCUCAGGUGCACUGUAACGGUUUCACGGUGGAAGACGAGGAGCUCUCUCACGUCGGAUCAGCUUUGUUUCCAGACGUUGCGCUGAUGAAUCACAGCUGCUGCCCCAACGUCAUCGUAACCUACAGAGGAACCUUGGCAGAGGUGCGAGCUGUGAAGGAUAUCAGCCCUGGCGAGGAGAUAUUCACCAGCUACAUCGACUUGCUUUACCCAACAGAAGACAGACUGGAGAGACUCAGGGACUCGUACUAUUUCACCUGCGACUGCAAAGAAUGCAUAACCAAAUCCAAGGACAAUGUAAAACUGAAGCUGAGAAAGGUGGACGGUGAUGAACCUCGCUCAGAGGAGGUCAGGGAAAUGCUUCGGUACGCACGAAACGCCAUCGAAGACUUCAGACGGGCCAAACAGGAAAAAACCCCUGCAGAGCUACUGGAGUUGUGUGAGCUCAGCAUGGACAAAAUGGGCUCCAUGUUCGAGGACACCAACGUCUACAUGCUGCACAUGAUGUACCAAGCCAUGGGAGUGUGCAUGUACAUGGAGGAUUACGAUGGCGCCGUGAACUACGGAGAGAAAGUCAUAAAGCCGUUCAGGCAGUUGUAUCCAGCCUACUCCCUGAACGUUGCCUCAAUGUAUCUGAAACUGGGGAGACUCUACAUAGCUCUGGACCGGACGUCUGCAGGAUCCACUGCCCUCAAAAAGGCUUUAGCCAUUAUGGAGGUUGUUCAUGGAAAGGACCACAUUUAUGUAAAGGAACUGCAGAAAGAGAUCAGCACGCACCAAAAAUAAACACACCCACUAAAACAUCAAGUACGACAAUGUAUUCAAAGCAGUGUGAAUUAAAAAGUUUUUACGUUUUCGUUUCUUUAGAGCGGGGAAUUUCAUCUCUAGACCCGGAGACUCAAACCUCAGUUUUAAAAGUUCGACCAAUCCUGAAAAGGGGUGAAAAAGAGUACUGAAAAAGCAUACUCGAUUAAAAGAGUAGCUGUUUUCAGAUUGUGAUCGGCAUUCUCGCUAGCUGACCUAGUUAGCAUAAAUUCAAAAUGUAGCUCUGUACCUUUCUUCAAAUUAGAGGCUGAUUCCUGAUCAGACGUUGGAAAACAAACACUGAAGGACGUGACACGAGACCGCUACUGCCCUUUUUGGUCUUUGAAUUUUACAAGUGAGGCCAAGGACAUUCUCGUGCUACUUGAGACGUCCUCCAUUUUUCUAGACGACCUCCAUGAUUAUUAGCAGCUUGCACCAGUUCUACACUAUGCAACUUGAGCCAGGAUAAGUGGAAAACAAUGAACAAAAAAACAAGGAGAGGGAUGUAACAAGUAGCAAGGACAAUUGAGCCAAGUUACAGCAUAUAAUCAAUACAAAUUUAGCUCCAUCUUUUGAAUAAACCUGGUUUAAUUUUAUCCUGUCACACACGUCUGGCUAAAUGAAUCUGGUCCUUCUGGUGAGUUUACUUAGCUAGCUACAGCUUUGCUAGCUUGCUAAGACAAGUCUUAGCAUGUAAUGUAAAUCAAACACCCAAUUGUUACACGGAUUCAUAUGUUAUUGAUUUAGUCUUUGACUUAGAAGGUAUUUAUAGCGACUUAUACUGUCAUUGGAAGAUGAAAAAAUAAAAACAACGCUAGCAGAGGACAAGAGUAGCAGUCGGUACUUAGCCACACAAGCAGAAAUAGUCCUUUAAAUGUAUACACACACUUCCUGUUUUAAUAACUAGAACUUUCAGGUCUUACUUUUAAUUUCUGGCUUGAUUUCUACUUUCAAUUGAAUUGAUUCACAUUAUCAGAAUAGAAUUGCUCGUGCUUGAAAUAAUAAUCGCUGUACCAGUUUUUUUUUUGGUAUGAAAUGAAGCUCAGCUGCAGUCUAACACAGAUACUUUCAGAAAAUGACUGAUUUCUCAUUGUAUAAAGCAACAGUAAUAUUUUUUGUCACAGAUUUUGGAAAUAAAAAGACAACCAAAGCUAACAAACAAAAGAGUUAUAGUUAAAACAGCCAUGUUUUUCCAUAAACAAUAAAACUGAAAUUAAAAAUUAAAUGCUAGCUUUUUUUUAAAAAAAAUCUACAUAUAACCCAAGAACAUUGGUUCAAAGCUAUUCUGUAUAUCUGGACUCUUGUUUUUGUUUUUUUUGUCAAUUUGUUCAGAAAAAUGCUAUGAAACUCUGGAAUACGAAUAAAUGUGACUACGGUGAAUAUCCCGCUGUAUCGUGAUUAAUGUCAUGUCACUGCUAAAUAUCUUAAAUAUCUAAAAUAAGUCUUACAUACAAGGGCAGCACGGUGGUUUAGUGGUUGGCACUGAUGUUAGCACCUCACAGCAAGAAGGUCCUAGGGACCUUACUCUGUUUUUUUUCCCACAGUCCAAAAACAUGUACAUUAGGUUGAUUGGUAAUUCUAAAUUGCCUGUAGGAGUGUGUGUGGUUGUCUGUCUAUAUGUGUGGCCCUGUGAUGGACUGGUGACCUGUUCAGGGUGUACCCCUGCCUUUUGCCUAUAGGUGCUGGGAUAGGCU